AUGGCUCCAACACAUCCAAAAGCAAAGAGGCUUCGUACGGCAGGUUGUUCUACAUAUGAGAAGCAAGUAACCAUAUUUGGUGGCACUCAAGAUGUCGCAGAUAGUGAUGAUAAUAAUGAGGAAACCUCAUUUUGCCUUAACCCACAAACAAGUGAUGUACAUGAGGAGAGAGAGGAAGGAACAAGUCAUCAAAUAAAUCGUGGUUGUGCAGCAAGUCCAACUUCAAGUGGUGCUCGUCAUGUGAGGAGUCAAUCAUGGACAUCAAAAAUGUUGGAUGCCAUUAGAUCCUUGGCUAAGGCAUCCUAUCCUAGGACAAAUGUGUUGUCACAACAACAAUCUGGUGGUGUGGGUUCGAGUUCUGAACACUACUCAAUGGCAACAUGCAUCAAAGUCCUUGAGGGUAUUCAGGAUGUUGAUAUGCCAACAUACUUGAAGGCAAUUGAGAAAUUGCAGAGCAAGGUAUGGAGAGAGACAUUUAUUGAGAUGUCAGCAUUGCGUCGAAUUGGGUGGUUAGCUAGUCUGUAGUGUAUUGCUUGUUGGUUCUUGUUACUUGUGACAUGGAGGUCUUCUUAUAGCUUUGCAAUUGGAAAAUUAUGUUGGAGAAUGGUUGCCUUGUUUACGUUAUCUAUUAUCCAUGACAU